AUGAACGACUCCACGACCAAGGCCAACUCCAAGUCCAGCUUUACUGUAGACUUCCUGAUGGGGGGUGUCUCUGCCGCGGUGGCCAAGACCGCCGCGGCACCGAUCGAGCGGGUGAAACUGCUGAUGCAGAACCAAGAUGAGAUGCUCAAGCAGGGGACCCUCGACACACGGUAUAAUGGCAUCGGGGACUGUUUCAAGAGAACUGCACAGCAGGAAGGGAUCGUCUCCUUCUGGAGGGGCAACACGGCAAACGUCAUACGGUACUUCCCGACGCAGGCGCUCAACUUCGCCUUCAAAGACAAGAUCAAGGCGUACUUCGGGUACCGCAGGGAACCCGACGGGUACACCAAGUGGUUCUUGGGGAACCUGCUCUCCGGCGGUGCCGCCGGGGGGCUCUCACUCGUGUUCGUGUACUCGUUGGACUACGCAAGGACAAGACUCGCCGCAGAUGCAAGGGCUGCUGCAUCAGGUACUGGAGGCGCACAGAGAAGACAGUUCAAUGGACUCGCGGAUGUCUACAAGAAGACUCUGAGGUCAGACGGUAUUCUCGGGCUGUACCGCGGGUUCGCACCGAGCGUCCUUGGCAUAGUAGUGUACCGCGGGCUGUACUUCGGUCUCUACGACUCCCUCAAACCGGUAGUCCUCACAGACGCCUGGCAGAGAUCGUUGCUCGCGUCCUUCCUGCUCGGGUGGGUCGUCACCAUCAGCGCAUCCACAUGUUCAUACCCUCUUGACACAGUCAGACGCAGAAUGAUGAUGACCUCGGGACAGGCAGUGAAGUACAACGGCGCAAUGGACUGCAUGCGCAAGAUCGUCCGCCAAGAGGGAGCAACGUCUCUCUUCAAGGGCUGUGGUGCCAAUAUCUUCAGAAGCGUCGCCGCAGCGGGGGUAAUAUCAAUAUACGACCAGUUGCAACUGAUCAUGUUCGGUAAACAGUUCAAGUAG